UGUUUUCUAGUUCUUACUGAUUGAAAUGAUCAUUACAGGUAGUGAUUUCUCUUCUUCUUUCGUGGUAUUUGUUCUGAAUAUACUUUUAGCUUCAUCUUUUUGCUCAAGAAAAAAAAUGUAGCUUUGGGUUUUUAAUUAUUUGAGGGGACUCGGAUUCUUCUGUCAGGGUACCUUUUCUUUUGCAGCUGGGAAGCUACAAUUUGACAUUAACUUAAUUGGGUUUAUGUGUUUGAUUUCGUUUGAUUGGUUUGUUGGAUCUUAACAGAAAUUUGGAGAGGUUAUAUCUUUUUCCAUGACUGAUUGAGUUGUUUAUUGUUUCUCCUCCAUGUUUAUUUGCAAACCUAAUUUAAGUGAAAAAUAAUAGUUGGUAGGAUCAGGAUUAGGGCAGAUAAUUUUGCGUGGGGAUUUUGUAUGGACCACUUAAUGGUUAUGUGAUAGAAAAUGAAGUGAUCUAUAUCUCAUUGAUCGAAAGAAGGUAAUUGUGAAUUUCACUGAGAUGCUCAAAUUUGGGGCAAAUGUAAAUAUCAUCUAGAUAAGUUUACUCUGGAAGGGUUAGCUUUGAUUCGAUGCUCCAAAUCCUGAAUAGGUACCAUCAAAAAAUUUAGAAAUGUGAUAUUCAAAUCUACAACACUCCUUAUGGGAAGACACUUUUGUUGUUGCUUUUCAAGAUAAGGAUUAAAAUUUCAUUUUUGAGUAUCUUACCAUUUUGUUUUCACCUUUUCUCUUAACCUUAAACGCACUAAUUUGUUGGUGGCAUUGUCGUUGGGUGCGAGGAGAGGUUGUCAAAAGGUAUCACUCAAAAUGGAAAUAAAUCGAGCUUCUCUAAUAUCAGGUUAUUCGGAUGACAUUGCUCUUUCAUGCUUGGCAAGAGUACCGCGUAGGUACCAUACAAUCCUGAAGUGUGUUUCCAAGCGAUGGACAGACUUGGUGUGCAAUGACGAGUGGCAUGCUUAUCGUAGAAAGCAUAAUUUGGAUGAGACUUGGAUUUAUGCGUUGUGUCUAAAGAGUUUUCGACGAGUUUGUUGCUAUGUAUUGGAUCCCAGUUCAUUAAGAAGGUGUUGGCGGCUCAUUGAUGGGCUUCCACCUCUUUGUAUAAAGAGAAAAGAUGGAUUUCAAACAAUUGGAAAAAAGAUUUACUUGUUGGGUGGCUGUAGUUGGUUGGAAGAUGCUACUGAUGAAGUCUACUGCUAUGAUGCAACCACAAAUACUUGGUCUGAAGUUGCUUCCUUGUCAACUCCAAGGUGCUUCUUUGCUUGCCAAGUUUUGUGUGAAAAACUGUAUGCAGUCGGUGGAAUAGGCACAAAAUCAAGCGAUCCAUAUUCAUGGGACACUUAUAACCCUUGCACAAACAAAUGGACAUCUCAUUUAGAUCCUAAAAUUGUUUCUGAAAUUGGAGAUUCUAUAGUUAUGGACGAGAAGAUAUACAUUUGCGGCAUCUCUUCUUCCAUAAACUCUCCUGUCUAUGCAGUUGUGUAUGAAUCAUCAAGUGGCAUAUGGAAGCGUGUAGAUUCUGAGAUGACUUCUGGUUGGCAGGGUCCAACAGUUGUUAUAGACGGGACCCUAUAUGUGUUGGAUCAAAGUUUAGGGACCAGGUUGAUGAUGUGGCAGAAAGAGUCGAGGGAAGGGUUGUUGGUGGGGAGGCUGUCCUCACUACUUACAAGACCACUCUGCCAACUUGUAGCUAUAGGAAAGACAAUUUUUGUUGUGGGAAAGGGGCUCAACACAGUGGUGUUUGAUGUUGGUGCUGCUAGGAGCAUGAAUGGAGAUGGAGUUAUGUUGAGCUCCUCCAUACCUAAAUUGUCUUCUGAUGAUGAUCUUGAUGUAAUUAGCUGCAAAUGUCUAGCUUUGGGUCCGUUUGGCAGACAACUUUGACAGUGACAUAUAUUGUAGACAAUAUAUGCUGGUAAGAAAUGAUAGCAGAUAUG